AUGGACCACCAGACCCGCUCUCACCUUCAACAAUUUUACGAUGAAGAUGCGUUGAAGCAAAAUCUUCGCGAGGCAGAGGACUGGAAGCUACAAGCUAGAGAAGAGUUUGCUGAAGUUUUGAGGCGGCGACGUUUGGCACAGGGCAGUUCAUAUCGACUUUUGGAACUGGGCUCAGGCACUGGGAGGGAUGCGCACUUCUGGUCGCAACAGUCUAUUGAAGUGAUUUGCCUGGAUUUCUCGCCUGAGAUGGUGAAACUGUGUCAGGGCAAAGGUCUUACGGCUCACGUGUAUGACUUCACGCAGAGCCUGAACUUCGAAGAUUCAAGCAUGAACGCCGUGUAUUGCAUGAACAGUCUGCUACAUGUGCCCAAGAAGCAGCUUCCCAGUGUCCUGACUGAGAUCCGUCGCGUUCUGAUGCAAGAUGGUGUAUUCUACUGUGGUGUGUAUGGUGGCCGUGACUUUGAGGGUCCCAUGAUGGAUGAUCCUUCUGGACAGAGCCGAUUCUUCGCCUUGUACACGGACGAUGGCUUGAAGAAGAUCCUCUCUGAGUUCUUUCGUAUUGUGAGCUUUGCGAGCCUGGACCUUCAGAAUGGCCGUUACAAGUUCCAAUCGGCCGUGCUCACAUUGCCAAGCUGA